CACAUAACUUUGAACCAGUCUAAUGAAGAGGAGAGGGGAGGGAAAGGGUUAAGGGAAGGUUUACUCUAUGUUUGGAAUAAUUUCAGUCCUCUUUGGACCCCACCCUCUCCGUAUGUGCUUAAGUUUGCAAAGGGCUUUGGUUUCAUUUUCGUUUCUUGCCACAGGCAUUAAGUUUCGUCUCUCUUCCUGCAUGACUGCUAGCCGUCAGCAAAAAAGUGAUGUCUUUUUCAUUCGGAAUAUCCACGUCCAGAACUAACAACACUCUUUCCACAAGUGAAAUAAAACUGGGUGCUGAAGAUGCUGCUGUGAAGGACAACAAAGAGGUCACGGUCCCCAAAGUACCUGCUUUCCUAGUAAACCAGUCGCCGUUUAAAAACUGCACCUUCAAAAAUGAAAAGAAAGAGGAUGCUGUGCUGCCGCUUGGAAUCACCAACUUAGGGAGUACUUGGCCUCCUCCUCUGCCGUCCCCUUGGAGAAAUGUGACCUGGACUAAGGAGGCCAGGGAGACACUGAUGGAGAUGGUGAAGUCUUACAAACCAGCCAGCGACUACGUCUCUGAGGCCAGGGUUCUGCUGCUGGGUCCAGUUGGUGCUGGCAAGUCCAGUUUCAUCAGUUCGGUACAGUCAGUCUUUUCUGGACGGGUCCUAAACCGAGCCAUGGUGGGAUCUUCCUCUUCCACAAGCUUCACAAAAAAGAGUCCUUUGUUUAAUUCCCUCCAGCUCCAGUCCUUCAGCAUCAGAGCGGGUCGUGAGAAAGCGGAUGGCUCCACAGCUCUGGUCUUGUGUGACGUGAUGGGUAUCGGAGAGGGAGAGACGGCUGGACUGACUCUUCAUGAUGCACUCUGUGUCAUUCAAGGACAUGUGCCAGAGGGACAUCAGUUCAGCCCAGAGCAACCUGUGAAAUCUGAGACUUCAGGCUACAUAAAGAAACCCGGCCUCAAAGACAAGGUUCACUGUGUGGUGUUUGUGGUCGAUGCCUCAAAAAUCAACACCUACUCCAAAGGACUGAGCUCCACCUUCCAGAAGCUUAGAGAACACAUCAGCAACCUGGGUGUGCACCAAGUGGCUUUGCUGACUCAUGUGGACGAGAUUUGCAAGGAGACUUCUCAGGACAUCACCCACGUGUACCGGAACCCCACUGUUCAGCAGCUGAUGGCAAAGGCUGGAGCGCUGCUGGGAAUGGCCACAUCUUACAUCGUCCCAGUGAAAAACUACUCAUCACAGCUUGAGCUGGAAGAGAACACAGAUAUUUUACUGCUCACUGCUGUCGACCACAUUCUGCAGUACGUAAAUCUGUACCUCCAGGAUACGGCUGCUGAAUAUAAAGGGCCAUUCGAUAUGUGAGAUCUCAAGAUCUAAAAAUUGUAACAGAUUUUCAAAUCAGUCAAACCAUACAGAGUUUUUAUCACAUAAUGUAAUCGGAUUAAAUUCAAACUUUUAGAUUUUGGUCACAAAGAACUGAUUUUUAAUUUAACAAUAUACAUUCCAAAUUUGAGUGUGAAUAAAAGUGUGAAAGUUUGAUGUAACAAAAAAAAUUAAAACGGUUACUGGUUAGAUAUUCAUACAUAAUAUCCAACUAUAGAUCAGGGGUAUAGCUGUGGCCUGUGGACGUAGCUACAGCAUAACUUUUUUACAAAUAAAGAAGUGUCGAGUUUUUAAAAAUAUUUUCUAACAUUACUGUACAUUGUUUACUACAACGCUUCAAUAAUACAAAAGAAAAAUGAGAAUUUAUUACGUUUAUGUAGUAUAAAAAUAAGCUGUCUGAUUGGGUGAGGGGCUGGGGUUUCUGGCAGGCCAAGUCAAAAGCAGGCCACACUUUGGGAAGCCUUGUUUUAAAGGGUGGGCUUCUGACCACCUUGAAUGCUAAAUAGCCUAUGGUUGUUGUGGUGUUUUGCCAGUGGGUGUAGUAGCCAGUUAGAUGUGAGGUAAGCAACUGUGUGUUGUUUACAUUUUAGAAGAACACAUUUGCCAAAAUUAAACAUUUAACCAUCUGUA